AUGCAUUCACUUUUUCGGGCACGAUUUUUGAAUGUAUUAAAUGGAGGUCCCUUCUCUAAUGCACUAAACAGAACCCACAUUGUUCUUAUCCCCAAAAUCAAAAAUCCAGAAUCUAUGAAAGACUAUAGACCAAUUAGUUUAUGUAGACUCAUAACAGAUAAUAUCCUCGUUGCAUUCGAAUGUUUCCACUAUAUGCACAGGAAAACAAAAAAUAAAACAGGUUUUAUGGCAAUGAAACUAGACAUGAGUAAAGCUUAUGAUAGGAUCGAGUGGGUGUUUGUAGAAGCUGUGAUGAUUAACGAUGCCCCAAAAGAUUUAUUUUAUCCUAAAAGAGGCCUUCGUCAAGGAGACCCUCUUUCGCCUUUUUUGUUUAUCCUUUGUGCAGAGGCUUUUUCAUAUUUGAUAACAAAUGCUGCGAAUGAUGGAAAAAUCCAUGGUGUGCGAGUUGCAAGAAACGCUCAUAUGAUAUCGCACUUGGAGAGGAGGGGAAUCAUUGCUGAAAAUCUGGGUGUGAGGGAAAUUGUUCAUCAUGAUCGUUAUCUUGGGCUUCCUACUUUUGUGGGUAGAUCGAAGAAAGAGAUUUUCAAUAUCCUUUUUGAAUGGGUGUGGAAAGAACUUAGCGGUUGGAAAGAAAAGCAACUCUCAAAGGCGGCUAAAGAACACGGUGGUAGCGGUAGAGGAAUGCAUUGGGUUGGUUGGGAAAAAUUGUGUAGAAGAAAGGAAUGUGGAGGUUUGGGUUUCCGUAACAUCGAAAGCUUUAAUAAAGCUAUGUUGGCAAAACAAGGCAUUGCUAGCGCGAUUCCGUUGUUGACUGGAUUGAGAUGGAAAUUGAGCAAUGGAAAUACUGUCAAAGUAUUCAAAGAUCCAUGGGUUAAUAGGGAAGGAAUGUUUCGAGCUUAUCCGAGUAAUGAGAACAACGAACAAUUAAUUGAUGCGGUUUGUCGAGAUUUUGAUGCGAAAGCGAUAAAGGAAAUGCGAUGGAGGAGAUUUGAUCAUGACGAUAGGCCAAUUUGGAAUUACUCGGAAAAUGAUUUAUUUUCAGUUCGUUCAGCCUAUUGUAAUGAUAUGGACACAAAUUAA